AUGAUCAUGGCAAAUAUAACAGAAGUAAAAAAUUCGACAUUGGGGAAAAUUAAUUUCUAUUACCUUUAUCCAAUCAGAACAAUCAUGAAUACUUCAGUAACAUUACAACCAAAUGCUAUUAAUUCCAAUAAACAAAUGGAACAAAAUUAUAAAUUAGCAUUAAAACAAUUUAUAAAUAAGAAUUUCCCAACAUCAUUCAAAUUAAUUCAUUCAUUAUUUCAAACAUGUUUUCAAGAAUAUUCAAAAGGAACAAUAUCAAAAAAUUUAUUAAUUAAAAUAAUUAAUUUAUAUUUAUUAGAAACUGGGGUUUGUUUAAAAGAUAAUCAUUUAAAUCAAGUUCAAAAUUUAGCUGCAUUGAAUUCUAUUACAAGUAAUGAAAUUAUUAAUCGACUUAAAUCAAUAUUUGAAAAUUAUAUACCUUGUGAAAUUUUAUAUAAUUAUCAUUUAAUGUUUAUUACAAAUUCUGAUUUAUUGAUCAAUGAAAAAUAUGAAUAUUUGACUCAAUUACGAAAAGAUUAUCAUCAUAUAGACGAUGAUGAUAAAUAUAAAAGGAAAUUUAUGGAUUUAAUAAUAUUUGAGAUCUUACCUUCAUUUGAUGAAUUUGAAGAAGCUGAAAGAUUAAUUGAAGAUCCAAUAGAUUUGAAAAAAUUGAAAGAAAUUAAGAAAUUAAAACAAGAUUUAAAAGAUAAAGAAAAAUUUAAAGCUUUAGAACAAGAAAGAUUAAUUAAACAAAAAGAGGAAAAAGAAUUAGAAAUAGCUAAAGAAAAGGCAAAACAACUGAAUUUGAAAUAUAAAUCAAUUAAAGAAAUUCAAAAGAAUUAUAAUGAUGAAUCAGUUAGAAAAUCUACACCUACAACAAGGGAUAAUAAUCAACAAUUGAAAUCAAAAUUGAUUUACUUAUAUGGAAUUGUUCAAAAAUAUUUAAAAGAAAAUAUUUUGAUUCUUUUAAUUGUUGCUAUUCUUGCCAUUGGAUCAAGAAAGUAUUUAAAAGGUGUUAAUUUAAAAGAUAAGAUAAUUGAAACUGUUCAAAUGGCAUUUAAAUUCACUUAUGUAUAG